AUGAACUACUCCGCAACUUGUAAACAAAUUCUACGGAGUCAAGCCGCCCCACCCAGCACCUUCAUCACACAACGAGUCAUGCAGCAGCACAAUUUAGUUGAAGAGAACAUUCCCGCUGUCAUUUCCCAACUGCGCACCGAUCAUCAAGUGCCGGUAUUGAGCAAGUGUUUUGACGGUGGUCAGUGCCGAGUCUUCAAGGUAGAUUUCGCGGACGGCGACAGCUGGGCUGUUCGGGUGCCCCUUUUUGUCCGUAAUUCUUCGCGAGAAACCAUUCUCUAUCUGGUUGAAUCCGAGGCCUCUAUAAUCCAAGCGCUCGAGACGAAAGGGUUUCAGUGGGCUGCGAAACUCCGCGGCUGCAGUCGCACAUUCGACAACCUCGUCGGAUACCCCUUCCUUGCCCUAACCUGGAUUCCAGGUAGUCCGCUUCUGUGGUCUGACAACUUCCCGGCGCGACCUCUUCGGGACAAAGUCCUGAACCAAGUCGCGGGAAUACACGCAUCACUGAUCGAAUGUACUCAGGAGACGAGGGCCGCUGCCAUAGACCAUUAUACGAGGAUCAUCCACAAUAAAAUCCGUCGAGUCUGCAGUGGACAACUUCCCGAGAUCACAGAACAGGAGUGCUCCGACCAGCUGGCCCUUCUCCCUGGUGUUCUGAUGCCGGAACUGGAGAGCGCGCCCUUCGCCAUGGACCACGGCGAUCUUUCAUCCCAGAAUAUCAUGAUAGAUGCACAACACAAUGUGACAGGGUAA